AUGACAGACAGUCUAGGCAGCAAGAGCGAUCACUCUGGACAAUCGAUCGUGCUGUCAGGCUCCCGAGCACGCAUGGACGUCGUUUGCGUGCUAGACCUGUGCCACUCGGAGAGACUACAACAGCGCAAAAAGGCCUGGGAUGCAGUCCGAAGCAGCUGUCUCUCCGUCAAUGCCAAUUGCUACCAUAUCCAGUUUGAAAAACUUGAUUUUGGCGAAACCAAUGUCUUGGACCAAUUCUACAAUGCCGACGUUGCCAUCGUGGACCUAUCAAUUGUUAUGCAGCAGCGGACUCUCUUCUACCAUCUGGGGGUCCGUGAAAGCUUUGACAUGAAGGAGAACAUACUCCUCUACAAUGAUUAUGACUCAACGGUUACCAUGCCUCUGAAGCUGUCAUGCGGCAACUACACCUUCAUAUCAUACCGUACCCUAGAUGGGGGACAGUGUGUGAUGACAGAACCAAGCAUGAGGAUAGGCACAGAAGACAACUCGACCAAUGACUGUAAAAUACUCCUUUCCAAUAAACUUCGCAGACAGCUACAAGAUGUUGAGAUUCAGACAAAGGCCCACAUGAAAGAGAAGUUUUUGGCAGACUUGCGCAAAAUGAGGGAAGUUUUCUCAGGGGAAGAACUAAAGAAGCAGUUACAUAAUCUAAGGAAACGACUGGAUGACCCCAAUAUCCUCUCGGGUGAUGUUGUGCUCAACAUGCUGCUGUCACUGCGGGAGAUUCAGGACUAUGAUGCAAUGGUGCAGCUUGUAGAUGACCUCAAGACCAUCCCUAAUAGAAAAUUGUAUACCAGUACUCCAGCAAUUAGGUUCCUUUAUGGCUUUGCACUUAAUAGACGAAACAUGGAAGGUGACAGGGAGAAGGCAUUAGCCGUUAUCACAAAAGCUUUAGAGAAGAAAGAAAAUCAAGUUCCGGACAUGGUGUGCUUAUGCGGCCGUAUUUACAAGGAUAAAUUUGUAGAAUCCCAACACACAGACCAGGAAAGUUUGCACAAUGCCAUUUAUUGGUACAGAAAAGGCUUUGAGGAACAGCCAAAUGAAUAUGCAGGAAUCAAUUUGGCAACUCUUCUUGUCAUUGAUGGCAAUGACUUCUCAAAAUCAGCCGAACUGCAGCAUAUUGGAAUGGUCCUCAACAAUCUCAUUGGCAAGAAGGGCUCACUGUCAUCUCUACAAGAUUACUGGGAUGUGGCAACCUUUUUCGAGAUCAGUGUGCUGGCAGAAGACUAUGGCAAAGCGAUUCAGGCAGCAGAGUGCAUGUUUAAGCUUAAGCCUCCCAAUUGGUACUUAAAGUCCACCAUCGGCAACAUCAUGCUCAUCAAUAGGUUCAGGAAGCGAUCGGAAGACAAUGAGCCAACUCCAGAAGAGAACAUCUUCAAUUUCUGGAUUGACUACUUUGUGGAGGGCACCAAGACAGAGUUGGGGGAUGUCAUCCGCUUUCCGAUUCUGAUAUUGGAACCAACGGGGAUGUACCAGCCAAGCUAUUAUUUGCCCAGCUAUGUGACUGUCAACCUUGGAGCUGAAGAGAAAAGCAUCCAGCUCUCAAAUCUCUGUAUUGACAGAAUGAAGGGAAUAUGUAGACGUGUUCAUGACUGGCUUUUCACGGCCAGCAGUAUCAAGUCAAUAACGUUGUACAAACGGGAUGAGCGUGCAGUGUUCCUAUACGUACAAGAAAACUCAGAUGACUUCCAGAUGUUCUUCCCAUCAGAGCAGUGCCGACAGAUCUUCUUCCGAUUGGUGCUAGAGCUGACAGCCAACCAGAAGGGGACCGUCAUGGACCUGGAAGCAGAGUUCUCCUCUGGGCCCAUUCAGUAUGAAUAUGAAUUGGAAGAUAAUGGAAAGCGCCUUGUACUAGGAAAAGGUACAUAUGGUGUAGUUUAUGCAGCAAGAGAUCUGAACACACAAGUCAGAAUUGCUGUGAAGGAAGUCCCAGAGAAAAAUAUAGGGGAAGUCCAGCCUUUGCAUGAAGAAAUCAAGCUCCACUCUGAGCUCCGCCACCGUAACAUUGUGCAGUACCUAGGGACAGUGUCGGAAGAUGGUUUCUUCAAGAUCUUCAUGGAGCAGGUUCCAGGAGGGUCUCUCUCUGCUUUGCUCAGGUCAAAGUGGGGGCCCCUCAAGGAAAAUGAAGCAACUAUUGCCUACUACACAAAGCAGAUCCUGGAAGGCUUGAAGUAUCUGCAUGAUCAGAAAAUAGUUCAUAGGGAUAUUAAAGGUGAUAAUGUUCUAGUCAAUACUUACACGGGAGUUGUCAAGAUCUCAGACUUUGGUACCUCAAAACGUCUAGCUGGAGUGUGCUUGAGUACAGAGACUUUCACAGGCACAUUACAGUACAUGGCUCCAGAAGUCAUUGACAAGGGAGCCAGAGGAUAUGGAGCUCCAGCAGAUAUCUGGUCACUUGGCUGCACAAUUGUGGAAAUGGCAACAGGGAAACCUCCUUUCAUAGAGCUUGGCUCUCCUGAGGCAGCCAUGUUUAAGGUUGGCUUAUACAAGAUGCACCCAGACAUCCCUGAACAACUGAGUGAAAAGGCGCACAUCUUCAUCCUGCGUUGCUUUGAGCCUGACCCCAAUAAGAGGGCGACUGCGGCCCAGCUGCUAGAAGACCCGUUCCUGACUGAGUACGACACAUUGGGAAGGAAGAAGAAGGGCAUGCGGCUGACAAACCAGCAGGAAUUCUCUCGCAGCGUGUCUGUCCCAGCUGACCGCAGCAUUCGGCAGCAUGGCGAUAAAUGCCGUCUGGCCAGCUCUCCCGACGAUGGCCUAGAGUUCGGGUAUGGGUAUGGCUCCCGUUGCAACACAGCUGUCAGUCCCAGUGUCUCCCCAGCCUCCCCCUCCUCCUACCUCUCAUCUCUCUCAUACUCCAGCUCAGUUAUGACUGGUUCUGAUCUCGAUGAUGCUCUCAUGACCCGACGUUCCUCAAGCAGUGGUCUUCUCUCACCCGAUGUGGAGUCACCAAGGACGGAUGGGGAGCAAGAUGGAUUCUACCUUCUGAAAAAAGAUUCUCAACGUCGGACAACUCUCACCAAAGUGUUGGUUCAUGAUCAACAGAAAAUUGUUCAAAUUUGGUUCCAGCGUCUGCAGCAGGAACUGGGCAGUGCCAAGUUAUUACUCACUCAGGACCAGUUGGUGGUUAUAAUGGUUGGCCUGCGUGAGUACAUCCCAGAGCAGAAGAAAUUAGCCAUAGAGCAAGCUUUUGCAGCCCUCAAGAAUGAGACCGAAUUUGAGGAGACAGUGAAUCAGAUACAUUUAGCGCUUUACACUUUUCAAGAUGCUGUGAAUGAGGUUUUAAAGAGUCACAGCAUAAAACCUCACUGGAUGUUUGCCCUUGACAACCUAGUGAGGAGCUCUGUUCACUGUGCCAUCACUGUUCUCUCUCCAGACCAUGAGAGCCUACUGGGUUCCCCAGAUGAGAACAUUGGCUUGUUGGGGGGGAGCCCUGGGAGACCACGUGAUGCAGUUGAGGAAGGCAGUACUUCAGGUGUUUCCACCAUCAACUCUACUAAGUCAGCCAAGCUGCUACAUGACUUCCACCACUCAAAGCAGUGCCACCAGCUGCAGGAGAAGUUCCAAGCAGCCAGGGCAGAGAAUCUCAGGUUGCUAGAAGAGCUCUCUCUGGCAGAGAAACGGUAUGGGGACCUGCUGCAGAUGUACCUGUCUGACCGGCGUGAGCAGAGCCGCCUCCUGGCCGAGCAGUUGGGGCUGCCCUCACCACCUGUUCUUAAGCCAGAGGAGAGCAAAGGGGAGGAUGACACUGUGGCUGAAAGCACAGAGAAUAUUGCAGGGAACACUUGUAGUAAGAGGCGAUGUGUGGAAGUUCGAGGAGAAGAGCUAGAAUCGCCUGCUGGUACCAUGGGAUCACAAUCAAGUGCUGAGACAGUGACUGGAGAGAGUAUUCCUGAGGAUGCUGCCUCCCCAUCGCUUGCCCACAAUCCUCAUGAACCCCCCAUGAUCCACGUGUCCUCUCGCAACAUCGAUAUGGAGUUGGUUGCUUGGCUUCAGGCACUGUCAAUUGAUCGUGAUGUUAUCGAUAAGUUUCUAGCUGAGGACUAUACCAAAGAUGAUGUUCUUCUCUGGAUGACGAGAGAUGACCUCAGGAGAAUGCAGAUGAGAGGGGGGGUCGAAUUGCGCAUCUGGCGUAAUGUGGUGCAGUACCGCCAUUCUCAGGGCCUGCCAGUCAAUCCUGAAGAGCCCACUGCAUCUUGCAACACCCCCAAAUCAAGCUCCUCUGACUCACAACCCCGUUCAACCAAGUUAUGAAAGAGGGUUGUGUGCCUGUGCUGGUGGUGAAGCAGUCACAGGUUCUUGUGGGAAAAUUAAGGAAGGAUUUUUGUAGGAGGCACAGUAACACCUCCUGCUUUUUUCUUUUAGGCUUUUUUUGGAUUGAAAGAAAGUAUAGUAUUCUGAUUUAGCAUUGUUUAUAAUAAUGAUAAUAUAAAAAAAUAAUGAAAAACUUAAUGAGCUUCUUCAACAGUGCAUUCAGUAAACUUCUAUAGCACACAAUUUAAGGAGCAGGAGCCGCCAGGGGAUAUAUAAUGCAUUACUUUUGAUUAAUUGCACUAAUUGCAUAUCCUUCAAACUCUAGCAUUGGGUCAGAGGGUCACAUGGAGUCAGAUAUAAUUUGCUUCAUAUGGUGCUAACAGUACAUAGUGUUUAUGGCAGUUUUAACAACUGUGUGAGUUUCUGUGAGGAUGUAUGUUUUUUCUCUUUGUGUGUGUGUGUGUGUGUGUGUGUGUGUCUUUUGUUUUCCUUUGCUUGCUUAUAAUAAAUAUAUGGUGCUGGAUAUGCCUGACAGAGGUAUUGCAUUGGUUAUGUGUUAAUUUUUGAAUGUCAUCAUAUGUGUAAGUUUUACAGGAUAAAAGAAAGUCUACAGAGAAAACUAAUUGAAAAUUUACUUUUUUUAUGGGGAUAAGGAGGAAGGAUGCAGCUUCCAUUUGAUCAACUGAACAAAUCUGAUAUAUGAUAAAAUUUACUGGAUAAUCUUUCCAUUACCCUGAUAAUAGUUCAGGGAAUAUUGCAUGUUCUUUUUCAUUUGCUGUUUGCUGUGAAAAUUGUAAAAAUUAAAGCCUUUAAGUAAAUGACAAGUACAUUUUGUAUGUGGAUUGGGUAUAGGCUUAUCAAGUCAUAAGAGAUGUGAAAUUUUAGUUCUUUGCAAAUCAAGAUUUAUAUUUUGAUGUAUUGUGUGUUGAUAUAAUAUAAAUAUAUAUAUUGUAUAUAGGACAGAGAGAGAAACAAAAGAAAGAUGGAUAUAUAGAUAUAUAUUAUUAUACAGAUGUGAUUAUGCAAUAUUAGAUUAGAUCUGGCUCCAUAUGAACACAGUAAUGGCCACUAAUCUACAAUAGUAUUUUUAUAAUAUAGUAACCAAUAAUUGAAUGAUACUGUGUUUGCCCUCUCUUGGGGUCAUCAUUAGGUAGAGGAAAAAUGUUGAUAAAACAUUUCAACCAUAAUGCCAAGCCCCUUCCGUGAUAAGUGAUGAUCUGACUUAGAGACAGUAAUGCUUUAGGGUUGCAAUUUUAGCAUAUCUGUCCCUGGAAUAAAGAUGGUGAAAAAGAGAAGCAUAUCAGCUUGUACUGGUUUUCUUCUUUUUAGGUUAUAUUUAAAGGAAUUGGUAAAGAACAGCUUAUUUGCUUUCCCAAACCAACACUGCCAAGGUUCUUCCUUAAUUAGGUAUACAGAGGUUAGCUGUGGAAACUCAUUUCCUUUGAGACAGUAUGUCUGAUAGGUAGUUGUAUUAGUAUAUGUUAAUAAUGGAUGCGAUUCAUGUUGCUGGUUUUAUUAUAUUGGGAAGAUAGAUGAAGUGUCGAAGGGGUUAUCAAUAUUUUUCUGUUUUACAAAAAACAAACAAACAAACAAAAAAAUAAAAAAUAAAGAAAGGUUUUCUAUUGUGUGCAUCCUAAAUUGACUAACAUCUGCAACAAAAAACUUUGUAUUGUUUUGAUUAGGAAAUGUUUGAAAAAGUGAAGGGCAAUUGUCUUGUGAGUGUAUGUUUUUUUUUUUUUUUUUCUCUCAAAAAAGUUUGAAUUUUGUGUGUGUAGUUUUAGUUCUUUAGAUUACUAUUCUUUGUCUUCUAGCAAAAAGCUUGUACAUAGACAUUAUUCUCAUGAGGUAUCUUGUGGCACAUUUGAUAAUUUCUUAUGGCAAUUUCUUGGGACUUGACCGAUUCCUAGGCUCAUUUCUGAUCAAGGGAAGUGAGUACAGUUGAAGAUUUGCGUGGGAAACCUGCCCGCUCCUUUCACUGGUGUCCUCCCUCUAGUGCUGUGAUUAUUGGACAGUGUUGAUUCCUCAAUACUUCACAGUUCCUGACAAUAUGUGCUUUAUUAGUCAUUGCCUUCUAUUUUCUGUAAGGUGAGGAAGGAAUAGGUCUUUCUGAUUUUUUUUUUUUUUUUUUUCUCCCCAUUUUUCUUUAAGUCCCAUUUCGACACUUAAGUAUGGCUCCUGCUUUAGUUAGUGAUUUGUUAGUAAUUUUCUCAGCAUUGUAUGCAAAGUUUAUCUGUGAAUUCUCAUUUAACUUGAUAUUAAAUAUUCUUUUAGAUCUUAGAGCACUUCUAUCUAAAAUAUUUAUGUAGGCGUCGUAAUAGAGUUGCAAACCUUGAUAUGUAUAUUUUCAGAUAUGCAGUAGUACAAAUAAAUAGAGGCAGAUAUUUUAUUUGAUUUUUUUUCUUUUUCUUUUUCUUUCUUUUUCUUUUGUAUAGGAAAAUUGAUAAUAUGUGGAUUAUAGGGAAAGAAGAUGUAGCUUUGCAGUCUUCAAGACUCUCCACACUAAAUAAUAUCUGUUUUAUAGUUACUGAUGUUUAUUUUGUUCUCAUUACUCUACUCUUUGAAAAGCUUUCAUGUAUAUUAGGCUAUUUCUUUUUUAUGGUAGACAUGUUAUGGCACAUUAUAUGUAUUCACACCUUGGCUUUCAUAAUGAGGUUUUUAUUCAGCAUAGAACUGCCCAGGUAUGCAACAGCUGUUUCCAUUUCUUCUUGAGGAUAAGAAGUCAUACCUGUUGAUAGUUUCAUGUGCCAUAUAAUCAGAAAAUAGGUAUUGACUGUAGAUAAUGAAUUUUAUGACUGAGUUUGUGUAUUUUAUAUUUAGUGCUCAAUACUAUCUUGCCAAUGACUCUCUAGGUGCAACUACAUUGCCUUAUGGUUGCGCCCUAUCUGCAAUUAACUGUAUUUUCAUUUAUUUUAAUAAUUAAGCCUUCAUGUCACUAGGCUGAAGCCAGUCCCUGUCUGGGUUGCAAGGUCAUUUAUGUAGCCUGAUUCAGUUAUGCUAAAUUAUUAUUGGAGAAAGUGUGAUAAACUAUAUGGAAAUUAUUUGGAUCAUAGUUACUUUACAAAAAAAAGAAAAAAA